UCCCACGUAAAAGAGGAGCGACGUUCAUAUGUCGUUAAUAUUUUAUGUUUUAUUGUUCAUAGUUAAUAUUGUGAAUCCCACGUAAAAGAGGAGCAACGUUCAUAUGUUUUUAAUAUUCAGUGUUUUAUUGUUCAUAGUUAAUAUUGUAAAUCCCACGUAAAAGAGGACCGACGUUCAUAAGGUUUUAAUAUUUUAUGUUUUAUUGUGUGUGCUAUAGCAGACCUGGGCAAAAUACGUUUAUAUGUUGGUCAUAUAUUCAGUGUUUUAUUGUUCAUAGUUAAUAUUGUAAAUCCCUCGUAAAAGAGGAGCGACGUUUGUGUGUUGUUAAUAUUCAGUGUUUUAUAGUUAACAUUGUAAAUCCCACUUAAAAGAGGAGCAACGUUCAUAUGUUUUUAAUAUUUAGUGUUUUAUUGUUCAUAGUUAGUAUUGUGAAUCCCAGGUAAAAGAGGAGCAACGUUCAUGUUUUUAAUAUUCAGUGUUUUAUUGUUCAUAGUUAAUAUUGUAAAUCCCACGUAAAAGAGGACCGACGUUCAUAAGGUUUUAAUAUUUUAUGUUUUAUUGUGUGUGCUAUAGCAGACCUGGGCAAAAUACAUUUAUAUGUUGUUCAUAUUCAGUGUUUUAUUGUUCAUAGUUAAUAUUGUAAAUCCCUCGUAAAAGAGGAGCGACAUUUGUGUGUUGUUAAUAUUCAGUGUUUUAUAGUUCAUAUUGUAAAUCCCACUUAAAAGAGGAGCAACGUUCAUAUGUUUUUAAUAUUCAGUGUUUUAUUGUUCAUAGUUAAUAUUGUAAAUCCCACGUUAAAGAGGACCGACGUUCAUAAGGUUUUAAUAUUUUAUGUUUUAUUGUGUGUGCUAUAGCAGACCUGGGCAAAAUACGUUUAUAUGUUGGUCAUAUUCAGUGUUUUAUUGUUCAUAGUUAAUAUUGUAAAUCCCUCGUAAAAGAGGAGCGACGUUUGUGUGUUGUUAAUAUUCAGUGUUUUAUAGUUCAUAUUGUAAAUCCCACUUAAAAGAGGAGCAACGUUCAUAUGUUUUUAAUAUUCAGUGUUUUAUUGUUCAUAGUUAAUAUUGUAAAUCCCACAUAAAAGAGGAGCGACGUUCAUAUGUUGUUAAUAUUCAGUGUUUUAUUGUUCAUAGUUAAUAUUGUAAAUCCCACGUAAAAGAGGAGCGACGUUCAUAUGUCGUUAAUAUUUUAUGUUUUAUUGUUCAUAGUUAAUAUCGUGAAUCCCACGUAAAAGAGGAGCAACGUUCAUAUGUUUUUAAUAUUCAGUGUUUUAUUGUUCAUAGUUAAAAUUGUAAAACCCAGGUAAAAGAGGACCGACGUUCAUAAGGUUUUAAUAUUUUAUGUUUUAUUGUGUGUGCUAUAGCAGACCUGGGCAAAAUACAUUUAUAUGUUGUUCAUAUUCAGUGUUUUAUUGUUCAUAGUUAAUAUUGUAAAUCCCUCGUCAAAGAGGAGCGACGUUUGUGUGUUGUUAAUAUUCAGUGUUUUAUAGUUCAUAUUGUAAAUCCCACUUAAAAGAGGAGCAACGUUCAUAUGUUUUUAAUAUUCAGUGUUUUAUUGUUCAUAGUUAAUAUUGUAAAUCCCACGUAAAGGAGGAGCAACGUUCAUAUCUUGUUAAUAUUCAGUGUUUUAUUGUUCAUAGUUAAUAUUGCAAAUCUCACGUAAAAGAGGACCGACGUUCAUAUGUCGUUAAUAUUUUAUGUUUUAUUGUUCAUAUUUAAUAUUGUAAAUCCCACGUAAAAAAAGGAGCAACGUUCAUGUUUUAAAUAUUCAGUGUUUUAUCGUUCAUAGUUAAUAUUGUAAAUCCCACGUAAAAGAGGACCGACGUUCAUAUGUUGCUAAUAUUUUAUGUUUUAUUGUGUGUACUAUAGCAGACGUGGGCAAAAUACGUUAAUAUGUUGUUCAUAUUCGGUGUUUUAUUGUUCGUAGUUAUUAUUGUAAAUCCCACGUAAAAGAGGAGCGUUCAUAUUUUGUUAAUAUUCAGUGCUUUAUUGUUCAUAGUUAAUAUUGUAAAUCCCACGUAAAAGAGGACCAACGUUCAUAUGUUGUUAAUAUUUAAUGUUUUAUUGUGUGUACUAUAGCAGACCUGGGCAAAAUACGGCACGCGAGCCAUCAAGAUUUUCAAUCCGACAUCAUUUUUUUUAGACCUUUAACUUUAAAACUGUAGCCACCAUUAUGAUAUCCAAUUUUUAAAUGACCGUAAGUCUUGAACCAUUGAAAGUAUUUCAACGGUUGAAAUCUGCCAGCCCGGAACGCGUGUGUCAGAAACCGAUUUUUGUGCAACAAAGUUCUGCAUAAAAGUGACAAAAUAUCAUAUUGUAGGUGUUUAUUACAUUUUUCUGUUUUUUUAUACAUAUAUGUUAUUUUGCUUGAUUGUACAAGAUGUCUAUCGAAGAGUUAAUCCGACAAGUAAAAGAGGAGCGACGUUCAUAUCUUGUUAAUAUUCAGCGUUUUAUUGUUCAUAGUUAAUAUUGUAAAUUCCACGUAAAAGAGAAGCGACGUUCAUUUGUUGUUAAUAUUCAGUGUUUUAUUGUUCAUAGUUAAUAUUGUAAAUCCCAUGUAAAGUAGGAGCAAAAUUAAAAUGUUAAUAUUAAGUGGGUUUUUUUUAUAGUUAAUAUUUUAAAUCUCACGUAAAUGAGGAACGCCGUUCAUGUGUUGUUAAUAUUCAGUGUUUUAUUGUUCGUAGUUAAUAUUGUAAAUCCCACGUAAAAGAGGAGUGAUGUUCAAAUAUUUAUAUUCAGUAUUUUAUUUUUCAUAGUUAAUAUUGUAAAUCCCACGUAAAAAAGGAACAACGUUUAUAUCUUGUUAAUAUCCAGUCUUUUAUUGUUCAUAGUUCAUGUAAAUCCCUCGUAAAAGAGGAGCGACGUUUGUGUUGUAAUAUUCAGUGUUUUAUAGUUCAUAUUGUAAAUCCCACAUAAAAGAGGGCUGGCAUUCAUAUGUUGUUAAUAUUCAGUGUUUUAUUGUUCAUAGUUAAUAUUGUAAAUCCUUCGUAAAAGAGGAGCGACGUUUAUGUGUUGUUAAUAUUCAGUGUUUUUGUUCAUAGUUAAUAUUGUGAAUCCCUCGUAAAAGAAGAGCGACGUUUAUGUGUUGUUAAUAUUCUGUGUUUUAUUGUUCAUAGUUAAUAUUGUAAUUCCCUCGUAAAAGAGGAGCGACGUUUAUGUGUUGUUAAUAUUCUGUGUGUUAUUGUUCGUAGUUAUUAUUGUAAAUCCCACGUAAAAGAGGAGCGAUCUUCAUAUGUUGUUAAUAUUCAGUGUUUUACUGUUCAUAGUUAAUAUUGUAAAACCCACGUAAAAGUGUGACGUUCAUAUGUUGUUAAUAUUCACUGAUUUAUUGUUCAUGGUUAACAUUGUGAAUUCCACGUAAAAGAGGAGCGACGUUCAUAUGUUGUUAAUAUUCAGUGUUUUAUUGUUCAUAAUUAAUUUUGUAAAUCCCACGUAAAAGAGGAGUGACGUUCUUAUGUUGUUAAUAUUCAGUGUUUUAUUGUUCAUAGUUAAUUUUUAAUCCCACUUAAAAGAGGAGCAGCAUUUAUAUGUUGUUAAUAUUCAGUGUUUUAUUGUUCAUGGUUAACAUUGUGAAUUCCACGUAAAAGAGGAGCGACGUUCAUAUGUUGUUAAUAUUCAGUGUUUUAUUGUUCAUAAUUAAUUUUGUAAAUCCCACGUAAAAGAGGAGUGACGUUCAUAUGUUGUUAAUAUUCAGUGUUUUAUUGUUCAUAGUUAAUAUUGUAAAUCCCACAUAAAAGAGAAGUGACGUUCAUCUGUUGUUAAUAUUCAGUGUUUUAUUGCUCAUAGUCAAUAUUGCAAAUCCCUCUUUCUUUAUUUUCCUGUACAUUUUGGGUGUCCCAUUCAGUAUAAAACUGUAAUUUUUCAUUCCGUUUUUUUAAGUGGUCUGUCAUUUCAUUUUUAGAACGCUAUCAGACAUUGUGACUUUCGGUAUUAGUGUUCCAGGAAUAAAAAGGGACGCAAACACAUACCGAACAGCAGUUUUUUGUUUUUUUUUACACACACAAGCCCCCAGACACAUUUUUUUUCUCCCAAUGUGGCCCCUGAGUCAAAAUAUUUGCAAGGCUCUUUCCUUUGCAAACCUCCCAUUAACUGCAGUGGACAAUGGAGUUAAUAGUGCGGAUCACAUUUUUGUCCCUUUUGCUUUGCAGUUCACCACCUGCGUGGCAAACUUGAGCUCACCUUGUUUUGUUUCGGCAGCACGUUGCCAUAGUUACCAGGGCUUUCCCGCGCUGUGUAGCCGGGUGGUGCGUGCGCCAAUGUCUGCCUGCUUCGGUAAAACCCCGGAUGCCGAGAUGUCUGCCAAAAUGAUCAAAAGGGGAAAGCGUCAUUAUUCUCCUAAGGGCAACGACGCCAAAUGGUUUCCUCACCCAGAUGUGCCGCAGACCGAGGGCAGGGAUCGCGAGCUGUCCACCAGCACUGGGAUCAUGCUGACCCAAGUGACCACCGCGCUGCCGGAGGCCUUCCAAUUUGAACGCUUUCCCAAACAGAGGAUCGAACACAAAACCAGGACAUAUCCGGUCUCAGACAUCAACAACAGGCUUUCCCUCCACGACAAUAUCAUCGUUUUCGAUGACGGCGCGGGACGCAGAAAGUGCCCCCACGACGCCAGCAUGCACAGAUCCCACUUCUGCCUGUGCCACGACGGCCGCAAAGGCAGCGUCAAAGUGGGCGACUCGGUCUACAGGGCCGACUACGCCACGCAGCCGGCCGUGGAGGAUACCACCCCCACCCGGCGCUUCCCGCGUGACCACAAGAAGAAGUGUGAGAAGACGGCUACGGCGCCGGGGGAAGGGGACUUCAUGUGGUUUGGGAAACAUAACCGUGACGAAGAGAUCAGCAUGGAAGUUCUGGGCUUUGCCAACCUUAAAACAUCUAUCAGGCCGUAGGAUUCCCAUUUAAAGUA